AUGCUCUUGACUUCUUUGCUUGAAUCUAGUCCUGUUUUUUCUAUCCACCUAAAAAAUGAAGAUUCUGUAUAUGUAGCAAAAGUGAUCACGCAUACUACUGGAGAGUUAUUAUUGAAGAAUUACCAAAGGUACGUUCGGCCAGAUGGUGCUGUUGAGUCCUACAAGCUUAUAUACAAUGAUAAGGAUAUUCCACUUUCAGAUACACUUAAAGAAUUGAGGAUUAGGGAAGGAGAUCUAGUUAAGUUAGAACUUAGAGAAUGCACAAAUUCCAGUGGAUUUAAGAGAAUAAAGUUCGAUUUUACACCCGAUAAGCCAAGAAGUUCAAUGACAAUUUCCUGA